GCAUAAUUUAGAAUUUAUGAGUUUAGGCGAAUUUUCAGUUCAGUUUGAGACAAUAACACGUAUUGAUGUCUCUGAGUAUAAUCAAGAUGCUGAUGCUUAUGCUGUUGAUGAUGAUUAUACCGUAACUCGACAAAGAUUUAUAACAUUAUUAGACAAUGCAGGGCGAAUGAAAGCUAGAACUCGUCCCGCAAUUUUACGAACCAGAUACUAUACGGCUUCUUCAGAUCCAGAGGCUUUUUAUUAUUCUCUAUUAGUAACACAUGUUCCUUUUAGAGUAGAAGAAGAAUUGUUGGAAGGGUUUGAAACUGCGAAAGAAGCUUUUAUGAGUAAAAUGAAUUUACUUCGGCCAUUACAACAUGGUUACAAUGCAGAAACUAUGUCAAGAUGGGAAACGGAAAUACAAGAAGCUAUUAGUCGUCUUGUGGCAGAAAAUGCAUUAACCAAUCUAAUGGAAAAUGAUGAGGGUAAUGAUACGCAUAUACCUUUGCGAAUGGACAAUGAUGACUGUAUUAUAUUAAAUUAG